UAGAUCAUCUAGUAUGGCAGUGUGUCCAAACUUCGCGCGUGUCCAUACUUCGCGGACGGUCCUUAUCUAAAAAACUAGCCAAUAUCCUUAAAAUCUGACAUCAUCAACGUGAAAAGCGACCUAAAAUUACCCUGUAAUGAAAAUUUCUUUAGGAUGAGUUCAGUAUUCAUGAAAAUAUUGGCAAAAGAUCGGCAAAUUUGUCACCGCUAGCGCCCGUUUUGAAGAAAUCAACAAGCAUCACGAUAUCACCAUUUUGCAAGCAGAAAUCAUCAAAAAUGUGAGUUAAAUGUGGUACUAACCGAUUCCAUAGCAUUUUGCCAUCAAUCUGAUAUAAAUAUUUCACUUUUUGAGCUUGAGUUUUUGUUUAAAUCUCCACAAAAGCUUUGGUGCGCGAAGUUAGGUCACACUUUUCUGAACGGUUUUCCAGCACAGCCCGCAAUCCGCGAUCGGAAUAGAAUUUUGAGAUCGCGAUACCGGCGAAACCCCUUGACCUACUUUACAUUUUCGUCCAUGAUUUUAUAGUUUACGAUCUUGCCGUCAAUGUGGCAGCAUCAGUAUGAGUUCAGGAUUCUCAACUAAAGUUCCCGAUUGCGUGGUCCAGACAUGCUACGAGUAUGAAGGCGUCAUCAUACCCAACAUAAUGCGCAAGGAUGUGAUAGAACGCGUCAGGAACUUUGAGUGUCGACCUGAUGAUCUCUUCAUAGUAACCUAUCCCAAGGCAGGUACAACUUGGAUGGAGCACCUUUGUAUGCUAAUUAAACAUGACGGUGAUGCCAGCCAGUUAGGAGGCGUCCAUCUUGUGUUGAUGGUUCCAUUUCUUGAGAUGUUACAGGACCGUAAUAACAUUUCCACGUCACGAGCAUUUGUUGAUUUGCCCGAGAAGAUGCCAUCUCCAAGGACGUUCAAAUCUCACUGUCAUCCACCCUUCUUACCCCUGGAUAUCCGAACCGAUGAUCCGAAAGCAAAGGUUAUUUACGUGGCCCGAAACCCAAAGGAUACGGCUGUCUCCUACUACCAUUUCUGCCAUUAUACGCCGGUUCUUCCAAAAUAUGAAUCUUGGGAUGUUUUUUUUGAGGAGUUCUUAGCUAAUAGGGCUCCUCAUGGAUCUUGGUUUGAAAACGUGUUACCAUGGUGGAAGAGAAGAAAUCAUCCUAAUGUUCUCUUUCUCAAGUACGAAGAUAUGAAGAAGGUAGGAAUUAUCUGUAUAUUAUAUAAAAACCGACUCAAUUCGAGAAAAGGUAAUUUUAAAAUUGAAUUGAAUUUGCUUCGGCCGCCGUAG